AUGGAGCUGCUCGCCCUACGCCGACGCCCUGAACAACUGAUCGCCCAAUCUGCCGGCCGCGUUCAACUCGUCAAGGAAGAUGCCACCUCGAAGGAGAGUAUCACGGCAGCCGCAAUCAAAGUUGACCAGCUCUCCGCGACAAGGCCCUGGAUCAUCAGUCUAGCAGGAACCAGGGAUGAUUUGGAGUCGAGCUUUAUUACAAAUACCACGAGCACGCACCUAGUGACGAGUCCCCUUCUACCCGUUUUGAACCGAGGAGAUCGCAAGAAAGUGGUCCGCAUUACCACAACUGUGGGCUCCAUCACAGUGGGGACCAAGGACAAAGUCUUCCCAGUACCCGCGCACAAAGUAAGCAAGGCGGCACAGAACAUGUUGACGGUGCAAUAUGCGCAGUCGUUCGCAGACGAGGAGUGCACAUUUGUGGCUGUCUCCGUGAGUGAAAACGGACCUGGGAGGCUCAUCGGUGGAUCUGGAGGUUGA